ACAAGCAUUCAACGCAAUGGGACAGCAUUUGGAGGAAUAUACCAAAUUUUAAUACAAAUUAUUGAUUGUGUAAUGAUACUUUUUUUUUUAAAAAAAAAAUGGUUUUUACAUUUAUAUUAAGGAAAAAAGCUUUCAAAGGGUAUGUCAGAAGUUAUAGAGCAUUUAUCUCUAAUUAUACAGAUCCUAGUAUUUUAUUUGAAAAUGUUAGACAUACUAUUUAUAAUAUUUUGACUAAUGAUGAUUUAAUUUCAAGGAUGAAAUUUUUAUUAAAUCUAAAGAUAAAAUUUAUAAAAUAUUCAGAAAAUGAAACUAUUACGUAUCAGGAUGUGUUUUUCUCCAGUCGAGUAGAACAUAUUUUAUCUCGGUAUAUGAUCGAUGAAAGGUUAACAAAUGCUUUUGAUACAAUUUUAAACUUCAUUGAUCAGUUUAUAAAAAACGGAUCAGGGUGGAUAAUUAAGGAAAUUAUAUUUUUAGAUAUUCAUUUAGGAAUUUAUAAGGCUGAGAGUGGUGGAUGUGGUAAUAUCAUCCUACCAAAACAUUUAAUUAAUAAGCGUUGUUUGUUGAAUAUUAAAUGUAGUGAUAAUCAAUGUUUUUUAUACUGUAUAAUUGCUAGUUUGUAUCCAAAUACUAACAACAAAAAUUCAAUUUAUUCGUACAGGAAAUUUUUGAAAUAUUUAAAUACAAAUACCCUAAAAUUUCCAGUAAAUAUUACAAAUAUUUUGUCAUUCGAAAAAAAUAAUGGUUUAAAAAUUCAGGUAUUUGGAUAUGAAAAAAAAAUAAUUUAUCUUAUUUAUAUAAGUAAAUAUCAGUUUGAAAAAGAAAUUAAUUUGUUAUUAUAUAAAUUACAUUAUUUUCUAAUUAGAAACUUCUACAGACUAUUGUCAGAAGAAUCAGGAAUACGAAAAUUUUGUAAACGAUAUCUUAUAGGCUUUCAAAGAAGUCAUACUUUAAACGAGCGAGUAAAAUAUGUUCUAAUUUUAAAUAUCAGAAAGUUUCUACCCCAACUGGAGAAAGAGCGGUUGCUAAAUUUACUAAUUACGAGAAGCAAUUAUAUCACCCGAUAG